GAUUGUAGAUGGAGAAAUAGUGUGUCUAAGAAAAGGCAUGUUUGUUGGUGUUUCUAAUGAAGUCUGUGAGAGUGAAGAAUCUGAUUUUGGUGACUGAUUUGUGUAUGUCAGAUUUUGAAGUGUGUGUAACUUUGUACCACGGACCUGUACGGCACAUUGGCAAUGUGUGUUCACCUCUCCAGCUUUCAGCAAGUGUGCUCAAAGUAUUUUCUGUAUUAAAAUGUUUUGACACUUUUUUGCUUUUUUUUAAUAGCUUUUCCAGCAAGUAAGAAUAGUAUUGUAACUUUUUAUUUGCAUGUAAACUCCAUGAAUUAUGUAAGCUAUAGUUUUGUCUUUUUUUUAGCAGGAGCUGUCAAAAUUAGUGUAACUGGCAAGAUGGCAUUUUUUAGAAGCAGAUGAGAUUUUGAUACCGAGCUUUAAAAGAAAAUACGUGCGAGACAAUGUUCUGCAAAAUGAGAAAAAAAAAAGACAAAUAGCAAAAGUUAACCAUAUGUUUCAUUAGCUUAGAGUGUGACUACAGAAUGCUUUCAGGAGUGGGAUAUUCUUAAAUGAGACGUUUCCUGACUUAUGUUUUCACUAGGAAAGUUAUUUAUUUAUUUAUUUAUAUUGUCUUCCCCUCUAGCACAAUUAACUCACAGUGUGAUGCAGUACUGGGUGAUAUGUUCUCUGCAAGUUAUGAUAUGUAUGAAAUGGGUAAGAACUAGAGGAAACUAGAAAUUAUACAGAAUCAAUACCAUUAGCUUGUUUUGGCUUCCUACCUGAUCAUUCUUCUGUUGUAAGAACUUGUAUUUUAAAAUUAUUUUGUGAUUUUUUUUUGAGUCUUUCCUUGUAGUAAUAAAAUAACAGUGUGGCAUCAGAGGCACCCAGUGUAAGUAUGAUCAGAAGAAAGUGAUGGAGUUUGUUUACUUGAAAGAAGAAACCUUUUUUCCAGUUGGGAAGUUAUUGAAAAAAAAGCCACUGAAAAAUACUAGUUUAUCACAGCAAUAGAGGUGUACUAUUCUUCCUGAAGCAUUUACUGUUUAAGAUUUUUGUCCAGAGCUGGUCUUUGAGGUGAAAAACUUGGACUCAUUUCAUGGAGCUGUGGCCAGUGGGGAGGACAGUUAAUUUAAGAGUCAUGCAAAUGCUCUUUUGGUAGAUAAGACAAGAACAGAAGCUCAUGUCUUAUGUUAUUGCUGGGGCUAACUGAAAUUUCUGUUUUGUGAGAGAGGAAGAUGUAUUCUUUACAGUAGCAAAAAGCAUGGCCAUUAAGACUUCCACUUGGGAUCUGGGAAACUUUAGCGAGUCCUCGAUUUUAAUCAGCUGCAUUUUUUUAUUCAGACCAGGAAUUUAACUUGGGUCCUCUCAUGACCUACAUAGCUUUCUCAAGCAAGACUGUUUCUUUUGUGUGUGGUAGUUCUGGAAUGCAUCAAGGAGAUGAAAUGAGCAAUACUCUGAUGAAUACUUAAUCCCUUGCAUGGGUCUGCUCUUUUAGGAGAGGCUGAGAGUAAUACCCUACAGCAGGCCUAUCGUACUCAGUUUUUGAUACCAGUCUGUUACAAGAAAUUUAAUUAGAUCUCCUAAGCCCAGUACCCUCAACAACAGAAUAUGGGAUAGUGUGACACAGCUUGUUUGCAUACUCUUCCCCUCGCUCUUGUUCAAAGUAUAUUGGGUUUUCUGUUACGAAAAGGAAAAAAGCAAACAAGAAGUUUUGUGAGAUGAGAAAGUUUUCUUCCCACCUCUAUUUUUUCAGUGGGACAAGGGUAUUUUUCUUGUAGCAGAACACUUUGUUGCACAAUUGAUGGUGUUAUCUGGCUUCUGGCUUCUGAACUAAAGGCAUCUACCUACCUUUUCAGAUCCAGAUUUUUAGGUGGUUUUUUUUUUGGUGGUUAAAUGUAUCACAGCUCUCUUUUCAUCCUGAUCACCCAGACUUAACAAUAUCGAUUUGUUUUGCCCAUUCUUAUCAAUACAGAUUUGUUCCCUUAUAUCUUAACAAUACAGAGUUGUUUUCUUUUUUUCGAUGUACGGAGCAGGCAGAGAUUCCAAGUCAUGGACUCCAUUUGACAUAAUUAAUCAUGAAGGGUAAAAUGGAAUUUUAAAAUGUGCAUGAUAAAAGAAGUUGCAUUUCAUUUAUGCUUACGCUAAAAUAAUAAUAUGGUUUAUAGCAUUAUACCCUAGAAGGAUAAUUCUGCAUAGGCUACAACUUGAAUCUAAUUAGAAAACUCCUUUAUUAUAGAAAUGCAUUCCACUCAGAGUAGUUUCUGUAUUUAUCAGAUAAAUAGUAUACAUCAUGGACUAAGGAUCUAAUUAAUGUUUCAAGGCACUGAAAGGUAAGCACUUUAGUAAUUCUAAAAUAGUUUUACUUUAAAUAUAUAGCAAAAUGGAAGAAUACUAAUGUAUAUAUUUAAUUUUCAGUUUUGUUUUGAUUUCAUCUUGACGUAUUAGAAUCUUCUCAAAGAGCCUGUCUGAAACAAAAUUAUAACAACUUUAUCGAAGGGGAGAAUAACAUAAAAGGGAACAAGAAAAAUUGACUGCGACAUCAAUGUCUACAUUUCAUAAAACCAGCCAUGGCACAUCAACAAAGAGACUGGAAGCAAACAUGAUGACACUAUAUCCAUCAGCAUAAGAAUAUCUUUCAGUUUCCUUGUAGCUGAGGUCAAUUACUUCAUACUGGAAAAGGAUUUCAGGGAAGAUGAAAAUGAGGACGAGGAAGAAGAAAAGGUCUUUCUCAAGCCUGUUAUUGAGGAUAGAAAUAUGGAAUUGGCCCGAAAAUGCAGUGAAAUAAUAAGUGAUAUACACUAUAAAGAAGAGUUUAAAAAAUCUAAAGGCAAGUGCAUAUUUGUACCUGACACCCCGCAGCUAAAACAUGUGAAAAGUCUCGGUGCUUUUAUAUCUGAGGUGAAGUAUAAAGGAGCUGCUAAGAAAGACCUUUCCAACUCUCUUUAUCAGCAGAUGCCAGCCACAAUUGACAGUGUAUUUGCAAAAGAAUUAACACAGCUUCAGAGCAAGGUUCUCUACAAGCGAAAACACAAUGCUGAAAAAGGAACUUCAGAUUAUGCACAUAUGAAGGAGCCUCCAGAUAUUAAGCAUGCCAUGGAAGUCAGUAAAUACCAGAGUGAUGUAUCCUAUAAGAAGGGUGUGCAAGAUACUCAUAGAUACACUGAAGUGCUGAACAGGCCAGACAUAAAGAUAGCAACUGAGAUAACAAAGAUAAUAAGUGAUGCUGAGUACAAGAAAGGAAGAGGAAAGAUGAAUAAGGAGCCUGCUGUACUUGGAAGACCAGAUUUUGAACAUGCUAAAGGAGUUUCAAAACUUUUAAGCCAAGUGAAAUACAAAGAGCAGUUCAGUAAGGAAAUGAAGAGCCACCAGUACAAUCCUCUUGAGAGUGCUUCCUUCAAGCAAGCACAGAUUGCAUCCACCUUGGCAAGUGAUGUGAACUACAAGAAAGAUUUGGAAAGCCUACAUGAUCCAGCCUCUGAUCUACCAAACCUGCUAUAUUUAAACCACGCUUUAAAUAUCAGCAAAACACAUAGUGAUUACGAAUAUAAGAAAUCAUUUAAGCAAAGCAAAGGCUUCUAUCAUUUCAUCCCGGAUACAGCUGAACAAAUUCAUCACAAAGAAAAUGCAGUGCUUCAAAGUCAGGUCAAGUAUAAAGAGGAUUAUGAAAAGCUGAAAGGCAAAUCAAUGCUGGAGUUUGUGGAUACACCAAUGUAUCAAGUUUCAAAAGAGGCUCAAAAGAUGCAAAGUGAGAAAAUGUAUCGCAAAGAUUUUGAAGAAGAGAUCAAAGGAAGACCCUCAAUGGAUUUAGACAAGACUCCGGAGUUCCUGCAUAUAAAACAAGUCACUAACCUUCUGAAAGAGAAAGAGUAUAGAAAAGAUUUGGAAGAAAGGAUGAAAGGAAAAGGGAUGACAGUGUUUGAAGAUACACCAGAUUUGGUUAGAGUGAAAAAUGCAGCUCAGAUACUAAACGAGAAGCAAUACAAGAAAGACCUGGAAACUGAAAUUAAAGGAAGGGGCAUGCAAGUUGGUCCAGAUACUCCUGAGAUAAGACGAGCCAAGAAAGCUUCUGAAAUUGCAAGCAUGAAAGAAUACAAGAAAGAUUUGGAGAAUGAAAUUAAAGGAAAGGGAAUGGAAGUGGGCAUGGAUACCCCUGAUAUACAAAGAGCCAAAAAAGCUUCUGAAAUUGUAAGCCAGAAAGAAUACAAAAAGGAUUUGGAGACUGAAAUUAUUGGAAAAGGGAUGCAAGUUGGCCCAAAUACUCCUGAAAUACAGCGGGUCAAAAGGGCUUCAGAAAUAGCAAGCCAGAAAAUGUACAAAGAUGAAGCAGAGAAGAUGCUCUGUAACUAUUCUGCUGUCCCAGACACUCCAGAGAUGGAAAGGAUAAAAAGUACUCAGAAAAAUAUCAGUUCAGUGUUUUAUAAGAAGGAAGUAGGAGCUGGCACAGCUGUAAAAGAGACUCCAGAGAUUGAAAGAGUAAAGAAAAAUCAACAGAAUAUUAGUUCGAUUAAAUACAAGGAAGAGAUUCAACAUGCAACAGCUAUUUCUGAUCCACCUGAACUAAGGAGAGUUAAGGAAAACCAGAAGAAUAUUAGCAAUGUUAAAUACAAAGAACAGCUCUGCAAAGCUACACCUGUGAGUGUCACCCCUGAGAUUGAAAGAGUCAAGAGGAAUCAAGAGAAUGUCAGCAUGGUUCACUACAGAGAGCAGCCUGGCAAAGCUACUGUUGUGAGUGUCACUCCAGAGAUGGAGAGAGUCAAGAAAAAUCAAGAAAAUAUCAGCUCGGUCAAGUACAGCACUGAUCAGAGGCAAAUGAAAGGUAGACGUAGUGUGCUUCUAGACACACCUGAGCUAAGGCAUGUUAAAGAAACACAAAACAACAUCUCAAUGGUAAAAUACCAUGAAGAUUUUGAGAAGACAAGGGGCAGAGGCUUCACCCCAGUGGUAGAUGAUCCUAUAACAGAACGUGUACGGAAGAACACCCAAAUUGUGAGUGAUGCAGCAUAUAAAGGUGUGCAUCCACAUAUCGUUGAAAUGGAUAGAAGACCCGGAAUAAUUGUUGACCUUAAAGUUUGGCGCACAGAUCCUGGCUCCAUCUUCGACAUUGAUCCUCUGGAGGACAAUAUUCAGUCUAGGAGUCUGCAUAUGCUUGCUGAAAGGGCAAGCCGUUACAGUAAGCAGUAUUUACAUUCUACCAGUUUGGGAGAUUAUAAAUCAGAUGGCUCUGACACGAAUCCUGCCUUUUCUUACUGCAGUGAGAUAACGAGGCCAUCUGAUGGAGGAGCCCCUGUUCUCCCUGGGGCAUAUCAACAAAGCCAGUCCCAAGGAUAUGGAUACAUGCACCAGACCAGUAUGUCAUCCAUGAGGUCCAUGCAUUCACAGCCUCAUUCAGCAAGUCUGAGAACAUACAGAGCUAUGUAUGACUACAGUGCUCAAGAUGAAGAUGAAGUUUCCUUCAGGGAUGGUGAUUAUAUCAUCAAUGUGCAACCAAUUGAUGAUGGCUGGAUGUAUGGCACUGUUCAGAGAACUGGGAAAACAGGAAUGCUUCCAGCAAAUUAUAUUGAGUUUGUUAACUAAUUUUUGUCUGUAGUCCUUUGAGCUUUAUUAUGGUUUACUCAAAAUCUAACCUUUUAGAAAAGAAGAAUCUUUUAAAUGUACAUGUUCAUUACUUUAUCACUGCUAUAACAGUCUGCAUUCUCACUCAGAAUACAAUUUAGAGUCCCUUAAAUGAAAAGUAAACAAUCAACAAGAAGCUCAGAGCUUUGACAACAGCAUUUCUUGCGAUAGUUCUCCCUCAAAUUGAGAAACAUAUGGAAGCCCGGUGCUGCCAAUCCUAAAAAGAUUUCAGUCAAUUAGCUGUAAAAGGGAAAUAGCUUUUCCCUACACCUCAAAGACAUUGUUUCUCUUAUAAUAACAAUGAUAAAAUUGAUUCUCCUCUUAUGGCACUCUGAAGUCACAGGAGGUUAACAAACUGAGUUUGAACACGUCUUCAGAUUGUUAUGAAGAUGUUUAAUGUUUGAACAGUUAACAUCCUAAUAAAAAUAAAAAUGUUGAGCAGAUAUUUCAAUCAUUUGAAAUACUGGCAAAUAAUACGCUAGUAAAAAAAAACAAACCCCCCUGCUGCUCAGCAGCCUUUACAUAAACUGACGGAAAAAAAAUCCUGAUUCUUGCUUACCCACACUUAUUCCCGGAUUGUCAUUUUCUUUUGUUUCCAACAGUAACCUCUUCUAUCAGCUUUGCUUCCUUCCCAGUUCAUCAGUUAGAUCCAUGCCUGAAUUUGUGAUUUUACAGUAUCUUUUCCACAGAAAAUUCCUUGCAAAGACUAUCUAGAGUAUAAAACUUGUCAUCUAUUCUGUUUCCUCCCAAUAGCACUUAGUAUUUAAACAGAAACUUCCAUUAGGGCAGUGUACAACCAAUACUUCAUGUUCCUUUACCUUCUGCUGUACUGCUGUAAAUAAAUAUCCUGUGUGAGACCCCAGUGCUGUGCAGUCGCACAAAGCCUGUAGUCACCUUCCUCCUACUUACUUACCACAGGUAACUCGCUUAAUGGCUGCUUUGCUAAUGAGCUAAUGUACCUAACCCUGCUGCGGAAAUACUUGCACCCCCACUGAGGAGUGGAGGAGAGCUCUGGUUAUUGUAGUGCAUUUCAGCUCAAUGGCCUGUUGCUUCAGUUUUCUCCAAAAAUCUUGGUGAUCCAACAGUGGGUCGUACGCUUGCCAAAUGAUUAAUGAUGGAGAAAUAUUGUUUUCUUUUUCUGAUUUAAUCUUUCUCAUAACUGACACUGAGAGGAAAGUGAACCAAAACAGAAGUCCAACUUACCCUAUGCCGUCAUGCUUCAGUUUAGUCAUCUGUAGAAAACAGUAAAAAUGUUUUGCUGAUGUACACACACUAUUUGCAGUUCAUUAAUUUAUGAUCAGAACUGAGACAUCCAAGUCUCACGCUCUGAGGCUAAGCAGAGGAUCGAAUAACUAGUGACAUAAUGGACCUGUACCAAGGACUGAGUUAGCAGGUUUGUGUCACAGGGAAGUUGCUUUUGCUUUGACUGACUGCCAGGAGGGUGCCGUGUUUCCUCCCAGGCAGAAACUCUGGGAGGAUAAACAGAGUUCACGUCAGAACUUACCAUGAGAAUGCAUAUACGUGUAAGGAAGAAAAUGGUUUUGCUAGUAGGAUCAUUUGUGGGGUUCAGACGUGCUGGAGAAGAUAAUUUGGGGGUAGCUCUCAGAAUGUUGAGCCUGUGCUGGCUUUCUUCCAUUUCUGAAAUUUUAAAAGCAGAAUUAAAUAUAGAGCUUAUAGACAACUUUUAGUUUCGCAAAACAGACGAGUCUGCAUUAUCUAUUUAAAGAAUAAAGAAGGGAGGCAGUAUGGAUUUGUUAUGUCAACUGAAAAUGGUCAAUGCGAAUAGCUGCUAGUUUUAUUUUUUGCACAGAAUUAGGAACUGGAAAGCUUGUGCAAUUUUUAUUUAGGUAUUGCCUACGUGGGGCUGAUCUCAGCUGCCAAAGACGGUGGAAUGACUGCAUUGGGGGAAAAAAUUUAAAAUGUUCAUGGUUGUGGAAUUGUCUGUACUUUCUUGUCAGCUACCUAAUUUCAAGGCUAAAGCUGACCAGAAGCAUCUAAAUUCCAAAACUAUAGUUUAAAAGCAGGGGUGCGAUACUGUAAAUAAGCAGACUGUAGGGGUGACAAUGCUGUAAUUUUAAAAUUCUUGAAAGUUUUGCAUAUAAAGCUGUUGCUGCAACUGAUCCUUAUGCAUCACCAGUGUCUUCCACAUCAAAUUAGCAAGCUUUGCAAGUCAAAUGUGAUAUGGUAAGCUGAGCUAGAAGCUCUGAAACAAGCAGUCUGCUUCUGUGUUGGUUUUCAUCACCAGCCAUCAGCAGUAAGGAGAGGAACCCCAUCUUAGUAUGGCUGGCAAAUUUUUCUGAUGAUGCCUGGGGCAGAAGCUUGCUGCUAUGCUGAUCUAUUAGCUAUGUAAUGCUGACAACAGUAAAAACAAGUUACCAGUUUGUUAAUGAGAUAUGAAUAAAAAGGAAAAUAUAGGGAAUAGAUUUAUUGUAUGAAGUUGCAGUUUUUAGUGACUUAUGAAAAUGGUAGCCUUCACCUGUGAAUACACUAGUAUUCUUCCUAAGUGAGGAGAUGGCUUGCAAUGUUGAACACUGUAUGUAUAGUGAAAAGUAAAUCAGAAAAUGAGCAUUUGAUGACUUUAGAGAACUAUUUUAUGCUAAACAAUGGAAAUAAAAUUUCCUUUAUGAAUUUUGAAUAUUCAUUAGCCUGGCAGAGCAGUGAAAGCAAUUUGCAAAGUAAAAAAGGUCAAGAAAACAAAACAGUAUGUGAAUUGUAUUUCUCUUGAGAAUGCUAUGUCAGCAGAAUUAAGAUAUUUUUUAAGUUACUCAUUCAUGUAGUCAGGUGUUUAUGUUGUACAUGCUUAGUAAUUCAUGUUCAGAUGGCUUUUUGAUAUAAAACAAACUUUAGUGUCAUUAUGCAGCUUUGUUCUAAGCAAUGCUAUCAAGGACCCCAAAUUAACAGAGCGUAAUUAUAAGAAAUGUUUUUUAAGAUAUAAAGUUUGUAAGGUAGGGAAAGGAAGUCAGCUACUAAAUUGUGCCAGCACAGGUUUUACAAGGCAUGUGUUGGAGCCUAUUACAUGCAGUCGGAUAUAGAAGUGAACAGAUGUUAUAUGCUGUCUUGUCACCUUUUAAGUAUAUAUUCCUUUUUAACAUAGCAUGCUCCCCUCACUGUACUUUCUUCCUGUAAGCAACAGUUUUCUGGGGAAAGCUUUUAAAAAGCCAAAUUUCCCAAUAUGUUCCAAAGUUCAGGUUGGAAGUUCACACAUUCCCAUUCUAAUCAUUUUAGAAACAAAGAAGAUACAAUAUGCUGUAAUUUUUGCUAACAUGAGUAUAAAUGUAGAAAACAACAUAGAGCAUAUUCAUGUAUAUAUACAAGAACAAAUGGGUGCCUUGCUUUUCAUUAUGCUUUCUUGCCUGUCCAAUCUUCAUUUUCUAAACAAAGCUACUUAUGGAUACUGCAGUUGUAAUUUUUCAUUAUGUAACAUUAGCAUUUAAUCUUGAUGAAACAGGGUUUUCUUGAUUACAUUUGACAUACCAUAAACCACUUCAGCAGACUGGGAUUUGACAGGGAAUCAACUCUCAUGGAUUAUAUUUUUGACAAAUGUGUCCCUAUCAAGUGUUCCUUGGGGAUACGGAAGGUCUCCAAUACUUGGGAAAGGUAAUAAUUCUUGUUUUUAUUGUACAGUGACGGCAUGUCAUCUUGUACAAUGAAAAAGAAAUGACAAAUACAGAAGUCUUUGACGGAAAGUGGUACAGGGUAAAAAAUGUUAGAUUUUAAUUAUUUUGAUUACUACUGCAUUUAAAAUACAGGAUAUGCUUUAGUCAGUAAAUGUUUAAAUAAUGUACUGAAACAGACAAAAGAUGCUAUUGAAAGAAGAUCUCUAAACUGGUGUGCUGGCAGAUGCAAAGUACUGGUGAGCUGUAGAAGAACAUAUAUUUUUUAAAUGCUUCAGUGAUUUUCUCCAGAUUUAUGCCAUAGGAGCCCCAUCUCUCCUUUUGAAAGAAAAUCUGAAAGCUAUAUUUCCUAAACUGCCUGCACUACAACAGUAUAUUCAAAGGAAUUUCAUAUGCUUCUUGUGUCUGAUAAAUAAAAUUUGCAUAUUGUACUUAAGUUGUAAUCCAGUUGUUGUUGACAUUUGUUUAAUUAUUAUUAUUUUAGGGGGGAGAUAAGCUAUACUGUAGCAUUUCAAUCAUGUGUAUUUAAUGUUACUAUUAGAAAUUGCUAGACAGUUGGAAGACAGCAACGACUGUAUUGACAUUGAUUAGCAUGAUUUGGAAACUCUCUCGGCUGCUGGUUUUUGCAAUGUGAUAUAAAAAGCAAAAAUGAACCACUGUGCAGUUUGUCUUAUAUUUGCUUUAAAGUGCAUAAAGUUUUAGUUAUGUUGGAAAACUGUACUGUAUCUGGGAGUAUAUAGUUAUGAAGGUAACAAUUGUUUUUCAAAGGACAGAUAUACUUACUCUUGGAUCAUACGAUGUAACAUCUUAAUCUGGCGUUUUGUUAUGCAGAAAAUUAACACCAGCUAUUAAAAUAUAUUUUAGUAGAAAUGCUUUAAUUCCUGUUUCUUCCUCUACACUGUGAAUAUUCAAGCCUUGGUGGACUGGAGCAACAUCAUGCUGCCCAAAGUACUAACCUAUGCAAACUAGUUCACAUUUCAGUUGAUGUCACAGUGGAUGUAACAUAAAAUUUAUUUUGCAUAACAUUAAACGUCAUUCAAAUAAAAUAUUAAACCCAGCACUAUGUAUGUAUUAUAUUCAUAAAAAAUACUCUUCAAAGCUACCAUAUCCAGUAAUUUAAGCCAUGAAAGAUGUAUUUUGUUGGAACUAAGGAAGCUUUGAGUUUUCAGACUUAAGUACAAUAUUUAGCACUAUUAUUCUUCAAGCUGGAUCUCAGAAAAUACUUUCCUAAACCACCAUUUUAUUUCAGAAGCACCCUCUCCUCAGGGGGUUGAUUUGCUUUUUCAGUCUGUAUUUUUAAUCUUUCAAUAGAACAGCAAGGUACUUUCCAUGCCCUGUUUUUAAAUAAGCAAAGUUAGUAAGUGAAGGAGGUCUGUUCAUUUGACUGAUACUGGUUUGCUGGUCUUUGAAUGAGCGUUUGGUUAGACACGCUCUCAGUGCAACACCAAUGAAAACAAACUGGAUUACAUGCUUCUUUAA